AGAAGGACGGAGAGGGUUUUUUUUUUACUGCGAGAAGAGUAAACUCAUCAAAUACUCUGCACGCUCCGACUAAAGCUGUGAGACUAUGAGCACCUCGGGGCUUCAGGCCACUAACCGGCAGAAUGUGAAGGAGCUGGACAGCAUGAAGGAGUCCAUCAGCGACAUCAUCAACCAGCUCCAGGACAUAGACCCCACCCGGCUCUCCUUCUCCCCCUUCCUGGACCUGGACACUCAGAUCUCCUUGGCGCCGGUGUCAGACAGUCCCGAGUCCUCGGUGGAGGAGCUGCACUCGUCCUCCCACUCCGUCUCCGGCUCCCAGCGCUCGCUGGAACCGCCACCAGCAGCCAGUCAGCCAAGGAGCUCUGCUCCCUGCCACCAGCAGCCCAGUGAGGACCUCCCAGUGGAGCCAGGAGCAGAUGAGACAGAGGAAGAGGAGCUGGAUCAGACUCUUUCCAGUCCCAUCAUCACAGCGCACAAUCUGGACGCCGCCACGGAAAACUGCAUCAGCACUCCAGCCCCGGCCUCUCAGGGAGACAUUCCCAACGGCACAGACUCGCCCAGAUGGAGUCCAGAAUCCACCAAUCUGGACAGCACGGUGGACGAGGGCCUGCCUCUGAUAGGCCGGCCGCCAGAGAGCGUGGAGCUGACGGUGUGGAGCUCCGAGGGGCGGGGAGAGACUUUGGAGGCCCCGGAGGAGGCUUCAGAACGGGGUCGGUGCUGCUGCUGCUGUAGAUGCUGUCAGAACGGCCGAGUUCCUGCUUUCUUCUCAGUCCUGGCCUCUCUGCUGUGUGCGGCCGGGAUCCUCUAUGCACUCUAUUUCUACGUCCCCAUUAGACCCCCCGACUGCCCCGACACAGCCAGCCGCAUCGUCUUCACCUUGUGCUGCUGCGUGGUGGCGGCCGUCCCCAUCCUGCUCGCGAUGCUCCUGGGUGCAGCGUGCCAGUUCUGCACAGCCUCCUUCAGCCUCCUGCAGGAGUCGACUCCCAGAAGGAGCGCCGUGCAGCAGCUGUUCGUCAAGGCGUCCCUGGAACAGUUGCUCCUCUACGUCCUCAACCUCGUCGUCAUGGCCACUUUACUGCCUCAAGACCAGCUGAAGCUGGUGCCUAUACUGGUCGCCAUGUUCAUCUUUGGAAGGCUUGUUUACUGGGUCAGCCUGAACGUGUGCAGCUCCUGGCGAGGCUUCGGCUCCGGCCUGACGCUCUUCCCGCUCAUCGCCAUGGUGGCUCUGAAUCUGUUCCUCAUGUACACCCUGAAUCUCAAAGAGCCACUUUUUGGCUCUCAGGACGUGCUCUAUAAUCAGGUCACCCCCUCUUCCUGGUCAGGGGAGACAUCACAGAGCCCGAGUGGCAAACCAGACAUCCUACCCACAGACAUCCUGGACGCUCAGUGAGGAGGCGAGCUGCGCUUUCUUCUCUCAGAGGAGGAGAUCUAUUCCGAAAAUAGGCCAUUCCUGUGGUCUGCAGUUCAGCACAGCAACACAUGCUGCCACUAUAACCUCCAAGUCUGUGACAGCUUAACUAGUAUUUUUGCUCCUCCUAUACAGGACUUUUUUAAUGUGGAUUCAUGCUUAUUAUCUGAAAUGCAACAGCUCUUUCCCUGCUAGUGGCGUCGGACGCUUUUGAACAACGCGUUAGUCUUAAAACUUUUGUCCUUUAAAGCUAUUCCAGUGCCUGUAUUUAAUGUUUUGAACUCUAAGUACUUAAAAGCUCUGCUAUAUAUAUGGCUGAAUUUGGUUUGACCUACAAAACCACAAGCAAAGCAACUGCAAUUGUCAGACUUUAUUAUUAUUUUAACUUGUCCAGAAAGUUUGUACAUGAUGAAGACAGAAUAAAAGCCAUUUU